AUGUCACAUUUGAAAUCAGCUGCGCCUCGUAUAUUCAAGAUGGCGUGGAACUGUAAAGUUGGGUUUCAACGUUAAUUCAUUUUGUUACUGCAGAUUAGAUUUUCACAUUUUUUAUGUUUGGAUAUUAAAAAUAUGAGUUCAAGAAGGUGGUUUUGGCCCACGAUCAGCGGCAUAGACGCAGAAAAAUUGUUGAUGGAAAGAGGGGUGGAUUGCAGUUUUCUGGCCCGACCUAGUUCCUCCAACCCUGGAGAUUUUACAUUAUCUGUGAGACGCAAUGGAGAGGUCACCCACAUUAAGAUUCAAAAUUCGGGUGACUUCUACGACUUGUACGGGGGCGAAAAAUUCGCGACUCUGUCGGAGCUGGUCCAGUAUUACAUGGAGAAACAGGGACAACUGAAGGAGAAGAACGGAGAGAUUAUAGAACUGAAGUUUCCACUUAAUUGUGCAGAUCCCACAACUGAAAGGUGGUUUCAUGGACAUUUAUCUGGAAAGGAAGCCGAGAAGCUUAUAUUAGACAGGGGUAAAAAUGGUAGUUUUUUAGUUAGAGAAAGCCAAUCGAAACCAGGCGAUUUUGUACUAUCUGUUAGGACUGACGAUAAAGUAACUCACGUGAUGAUCAGGUGUACACCGGAUAACAGGUACGACGUUGGAGGUGGUGAACAGUUUAACAGUCUGGCCGACUUGAUAGAGCAUUACAAAAGGAACCCCAUGGUGGAGACGUCCGGUACAGUGGUGCAUUUAAAACAACCUUUUAACGCUACCAGAAUCAAUGCUUCCGGAAUACAUUCUAGAGUGAAACAAUUGCAGAGUGAAAAUGGACCAAAUAGUUUUGGCAAGGCGGGUUUCUGGGAAGAGUUCGAGUCACUUCAACAGCAAGAAUUCAAACACUUAUACCAGAGGAAAGAGGGAAUCAAGCCAGAAAAUAGGAAUAAGAAUAGAUAUAAGAAUAUAUUACCCUUUGACGAUACUCGGGUGAAGCUUAAAGACGUAGACCCAAAAGUUUUAGGUAGCGAUUAUAUCAAUGCCAAUUAUAUCAGAUGGAAGGUAGACGAAACCGUUGGCUCCGAAUUGGGAAGCGAUCCUAGCGGAAAAGUGUAUAUAGCCACGCAGGGUUGCCUACCUUCGACGAUUGCCGAUUUUUGGCAGAUGGUCUGGCAGGAAAAUUGUCGAGUAAUCGUUAUGACAACCAAAGAAACGGAGCGAGGGAAGAAUAAGUGUGCAAGAUAUUGGCCAGACGUGAAUUGUACAAAAGAAUAUGGAAAGAGUAAAGUGAGGACGCUUAUGGAGUCGCAUACACCACAUUAUACGUUAAGAGAAUUUUUAGUCACUAUGGAGGGUGGCAAUAGUGAAAGAAAGGUGUACCACUAUCAUUUUCAGGCGUGGCCAGAUCAUGGUGUACCGUCUGACCCCGGCUGUGUUUUAAAUUUCCUGCACGAAGUCAAUAAGCGACAGGAAUCGCUCCAGAUGGAGGCCCCCCUACAACCUCCAGGCGCCAUAUUGGUGCAUUGUUCUGCCGGUAUCGGCAGGACAGGCACAUUUAUAGUCAUAGACAUGAUUUUAGACCAGUUGAAGAAAUAUGGUCUUGAUUGCGAAAUCGACAUUCAACGUACAAUCCAAAUGGUGAGAUCUCAACGUUCCGGUAUGGUACAGACUGAAGCACAAUAUAAAUUCGUUUAUUUAGCGGUACAACAUCAUAUAGAAACAACUACUGAAAGAAUGAAGGCUGAACAAAAAUCAAUGCAACUCGGAAGAGAAUAUACAAACAUUAGAUACAGCAAUGACAUAGCGAAUAACUGUUUGUCUCCAACCACGCCCGGCGGUUUUGGAGGAAUUAGCUCGCCCAACAAUCGGUCGAGCACAACCGGCAUCACAUUUCCCUGUUCUAGUCCGAAUACCGUGACCAUAAGGCAACAGGAAAGCAAGAAGCCGGCCAGGGCGCUCUCGGAGAUUUCGUUACCAAGACCUCCCGAUGACCUACUGAAACCAACACUUUACGAAAACAUUCCCGGCAAUCCCACCGGAUCCAUAGGCUGUACUGCUCCGCCCCCUCCCCCGAGAAAGGGUUCGUGACCUAAAAAAUCGCUCGCGUUCUAUUCCAAUUAUACUUAUACCUUCCCGAUGUGCUGUUGUAAAGAACUAAAAUAUUAGGUAUUAUAAGAGACAUUUAAAUUAUCCACAUUGGUAAAUAUAUUUUUGUCGUUCGAGUGCGUACGUUGCGAGAGUUGAAAGCAACUAACAAUAUUUCUUUACAUCUUAUUUUAUUGUCUUUGCCCUUUCGCGGUGCCUGUAUAGAAUAGAACCAAAAACGCUUUAUACUGAACAAUGUUAAUUACUGAUUUGCAGUAAUUGUUCGAGGUGCGAUAAUGAAGUAAUAAUUGUGCUCUUAAUAGGAAGACACAUAAGGUAAGAUCUGUCAAAAAAACGGUUGUGUUAGUACUGAACUAUGCUUCAAGGUUAAAAUAUUUUAAACAGACAUUUCUCUUUGUACAGUUAGUGCGUCUGACUGCAUUUCAGACAUUUUUUAUUUAAAACCGUUUGUCAAUUGCUGUUACUGUACAAACAAUUUCACGAAUUUUUUAUGGAAUUUAUGAUUUCACGUUUCUUGGUCUGAUCUACAAGAAAUGGCAUAUUUAUUGUCAUUAUGUGGUGCUAUAACAUGUUUUUAUAAAAACAGUAGUUGUAUUACUUUUUGGUCACACCCCGUAUAGAAACGACUGUCAAAUAUCACCUAUUAUAUAUAACUUGAAUAUACAUUGUUUAUUUCGAAAUGUUUUUAUAAAAAAUAAGUUUUCUGCUUUUUUAACGUGCUUCUUACACAGACUUCCACCAAAUAAUAUAUUAGUGUGAGACAAUCUUUAUCUCUAUUUCCAACUCUGUAUGAAAAACGUAGUCUUAUUACUUUUUUGUCGCUCUUAUUACUUUUUUGUCGCACCUCGUAUACACACUAGCACCAAAUAUGAGUGUCGAUCAAAUUUUAGUGUGAGUCAAUCUUCUGUUUACAUGUUUUGUUUCAAAUCAAGUUGUUCUUUGAACCUAUAAUAUUGUUGAGAUAUACAUACAUGUUGAUAGUAUUAAAUAAACGUUAACAAAAAAUAUUUACAGAAUAAAUUUUAGUGUAAUAUAGAAGAACUGAUGAAUAAAUGUGAAAGAUUAAAGAAGUAUUUAGUUGCUGUUAUAAAAAAAUCAAGUGUGAUGUGAAUAAAACUCUAUUAUAAAUUUUAAA